UUCGCUGCUGGACGAUAUCUCCAACACACAGAGGCCGUGUUCGGCGAGCAGUUAAUCGUCUCGGCGAGAGUGGGUACGUACGUGCGUGAGCGCUAGGCCUGAUCGUAAAUCGACCGACCUCUUGCUCGACGACCAGGAACAUGGACGCGAGGCAGCAGGCCGGCGGUGCGGCCCUGUGCGCCAACGGCUGCGGCUUCUUCGGCGGCGCCGCGACCAGCGAUCUCUGCUCCAGAUGCUACAAGGAGCAGCAGCUGCUCGACGUCGUGGCCUUUGAUGACGCCGUCAUGUCCGGCCUCCGAUCGCUGGCCAUCACGCUGACGAAAGCCGGAGGCGAGGAGGAGGGGACGCCGUCGUCGACGACGAAGAAGAAGCGAUGCAGUGCGUGCCAGAGGAAGGUGGGGCUGCUGGGGUUCGUGUGCCGGUGCGGGGCCACCUACUGCGGCGCGCACCGCCACGCCGACGCGCACGGCUGCUUCUUCGACUACAGGGCAGCCGGCCGCGAGCAGAUCGCGCGCCAGAACCCGCUCGUCGUCGCGCCCAAGAUGGCAAGGGUUUGAAUGCUUCCAGUUCCACCCUCCGCAUUGUACGCGAGAAGGCUCUACAGAUGAGCUGUGAAAUUAGUGCUAGUAUGUGCUUGCGUGCGUCUCCGUCUGUCCACCCUUGUGAUGGAGGGUCUGUGUGUAACAACUAGUAAAACGAUGCGCCUGUUUUUUCCUCAUUCAUUCGAGUUAAAUUCGUUCGUCAAGU